GGACACCCGAGGAGGGGACACCCGAGGAGAUGCCACCCGAAGGGGUGACGGCAGAGGAGGACCCCGACCCUGCCCCGCGCUCCGGGCAGCAGCUCCCAGAUCUGCAGGAACAGCUCUCCCGGCUCCUGGAGCAGCAGGAGGAGCUCACGGGGCAGGUCCAGGAGCUGCAGAGGCAGAACCAGCACCUGCAGGCCCAGCUGGAGUUGGAGCAGGAGGAGCGGCAGCGCCUCAGGACGGCCCUGGGCACCAGCCAGCGGGCACUGAGGUCCUUCAAGAGAGUGUCCCAGAUCGUCGCCCAGGAUUACUGGGAGGCGCUGGAGCAGCUGGAGCUGGAGCAGGACCUGCGGCUCCACGCCGAAGCCUUCGCCCACGAGAUGCUGGUGCAGCAGAAGGAGGCGAACAGGCAGAGCUCGAUCCUGCUGCGGGACGGGCCCGAGGCCCGGGUGGGGGCCGCGCUGCAGGAGCUGGGGCGGCUCAGCCGAGAGCUGGAGGAGACCAGGCGGGAGCAGCGGCAAAGGGUGAGGGGCUGGUGGGCACUGACGGGUUCGGGGUGCGGGGGCAGCUCUCACCCCCCUCUCCCUUGCAGCCCCCUCGCCGCCAUCAGGCUGAGGAAGGGGGUGGCAAAGCGGCAGCACGGUAACCCAAAAGCCCAGGAUGUCAGAGCCCAGGAUGCCACAGCCCAGGAUGUCAGAGCUCGGGCCGUGCAGGAGAUGAUGGAGCGGAUCAGGAGCGGGGUGGUCCUGCGGCCAGCCAAGGACAGGGCACACCUGGGCCAGGACCCGGUGGCUGAGAAGAGGAGGAGCGCGGUGCUGGAGCUGCAGGGAAUCCUGGGUGCCAUGAGGAGGCCGAGCCGGAGGUGCAGCGGGCGCCGGGGCAGCGCCAGGGGCCGGGACCGGCAGCUGGAAUCCAUCCUGCAGCGGCGGCGCCGGGCCGUGGAUGCAUCCGUGGGCACCUCCACGGGCACCUCCACGGGCACCUCCAAGGACACCUCCGUGGGCACCCGCAGCCCCCCCGCCCAGGCGCAGGCCGGGGCUGUGAGCAGCCCAGACCCCGGGAACACGGGCACGGCCCCAGCCGGGUGCCCCCCGGAGGGCAGGGACGGGGACAGGGGCCCCUUCAGGCCCCGGCUGGGUGGUGGCCUCCCCAGGACACGUCCCCCGAGCCGUCGGGCCGGAGGCAGCGGGAGCCCCGGGCAGGAGCAGGAGCAGGAGCAGGAGCAGGAGCAGGAGCAGCUUCCCACGGCGCUGCCGAAGCCCCCCCAGCCCCUCCCACCCUCGUUCUCCAGCACUUCCCACCCUCCUGGGCUUCAAUGA